AAUAUCAUGGAAUUCCGAAUCUGGCCUGCCAGAUACUAUUUGAGGGGUGGAGUGGUAGAGUGGACAAAGUCUGGCUGUUGUAAAGCAUGGAGGAGGAUGGUGUUGCUGUGCAUAUGCAAUACCAGUCUCACUUCUGAAUUGGCUGAAGCCCCAGAUGGCUUUGGAGCUCAGGCUUCCUGGAUUCCUGCAGGAACUGCAAAGACCAUACACAUGCUGAGAAUAAAUUGAUCAAAGCAGCUUCAGAAGGGCUUCUCAUGAUAAACAGUGCUUGGUUUAAUAGAGGAAUGGCUGAUUUUCCUCUGCAAGCAAGUACCUUCAUUGUAAAGUAAGUAUGUCUGAUCUGGUGGAGACUUGGUAGCUGCAGUGAUAACACUGAGCAUUUCCAGGAGCUGCUAUGAAAGAAAUGCCGAACUUGCAUCCUGCAUCCGCAGUUUCAGCAGGCAGGAGCAAUAUCUUGGAAGCCUGUGCCAGGACAUCGUAGUACCCUGUUAGUCUAGGUGAGGAAGCUGCCUGAACUGGAGUGAGGAGACAGUCACAGGGGUCUACGACUUUAUCAGGGGGUUUAUAAAGAGGUCUGUGUAUGUACAAAUGCAGGGAAACAUCAGUGCACCUGAGUUUCAUGUAUUUCCAUGCAGCAAUACCAGUCUCUGUGAGGGAACAAAGUGGCAUAUGAGCUACAUUAAUUGAGAUCAUCAGUGUAUUUCUAGGUCAACAUUCUGGCCUGACCAGGCAUACCCAGCUUUUGUGGUAGACUCAACUAAUUUUCCAGAAGUUUCAUUUUCAAGGACAGCCAUGUAGUUCAGUUUUCUGGGCCAGGUACCUCUUCAGCUGCUUGAUCUUUCCUGAUCUGUGGGAAGUCCUUAGGGAGGGUGGUCCGUCUCCCAUGUGACUUUCUUUCUCAUGCUGUGGGAGAGAGCAGGGAUACUCACUCCACCCAGGAGAGGGUUAAAAAGGAACUGAACAAGUACGUUUCUUUACAGCCUCUUACUACCAGAUGAAGCACAAACCACCAUGUCUGGCAACUGUCUGGGACCAAACCCUGAACACAAGCUUAUGUUCUAAGGCAGAUAAAGGAGUGGAAGGUGUGGGUUGUAUGCUGUUGUAAAGGCAUCUGGAGCAAUGCCACCGCCUUCGGACAUUGUGAAAGUAGCUGUUGAGUGGCCAGGUGCCAAUGCCCAGCUGCUGGAAAUAGAUCAGAAAAGGCCACUUGCAUCCAUCAUCAAGGAGGUUUGUGAUGGGUGGUCAUUGCCAAACCCUGAAUACUACACCCUGCGGUAUGCUGAUGGUCCUCAGCUGUACAUCACAGAGCAGACUCGCUGUGACAUCAAGAAUGGAACUAUCCUACAGCUGGCAGUCUCCCCGUCUAGGGCAGCUCGCCAGCUGAUGGACAGGAUCCAGUCACACAGUAUUGAAGCCCGACUGGAUGCCAUGAAGGAACUGGCUAAACUUUCAGCUGAUGUGACCUUUGCCACAGAGUUCAUCAACAUGGAAGGGAUUACAGUGCUGACACGACUUGUGGAGAGCGGGACCAAGCUUCUGUCCCAUUACAGUGAGAUGUUGGCUUUCACCCUGACUGCCUUCUUGGAGCUCAUGGACCAUGGUAUUGUCUCCUGGGACAUGGUCUCAAUCACCUUCAUCAAACAGAUUGCAGGGUAUGUGAGUCAGCCUAUGGUAGACGUCUCCAUUCUCCAGCGAUCCCUAGCCAUUCUUGAAAGUAUGGUGCUAAACAGUCAGACUCUGUAUCAGAAGAUAGCAGAAGAGAUCACUGUGGGGCAGCUCAUUUCUCAUCUGCAAGUCUCAAACCAAGAGAUUCAGACAUAUGCCAUUGCGCUGAUCAAUGCCCUCUUCCUGAAGGCUCCUGAGGACAAGAGACAGGAAAUGGCUAAUGCAUUUGCGCAGAAGCACCUGAGGUCUAUAAUCCUGAAUCAUGUGAUCAGAGGAAACCGUCCAAUUAAAACAGAAAUGGCACAUCAGCUGUAUGUGCUGCAGGUUCUCACCUUUAAUCUCCUAGAAGAGAGAAUGAUGACCAAGAUGGAUCCCAAUGACCAGGCACAGAGAGACAUCAUUUUUGAGUUGAGAAGAAUUGCGUUUGAUGCAGAGACUGAUGGCAACACCGUCCCUGGCAGUGGAACAGAAAAACGCAAAGCCAUGUACACCAAGGACUACAAGAUGCUGGGAUUCACUAAUCACAUCAAUCCAGCCAUGGAUUUUACUCAGACUCCUCCAGGGAUGCUGGCAUUGGACAACAUGCUCUACUUGGCCAAGUUUCAUCAGGACACCUACAUCAGGAUUGUUCUGGAGAACAGCAGUCGAGAAGAUAAGCAUGAAUGUCCCUUUGGGCGCAGUGCCAUUGAGCUUACUAGGAUGCUUUGUGAGAUCUUGCAAGUUGGGGAACUCCCCAAUGAAGGCCGGAAUGACUAUCAUCCCAUGUUUUUCACUCAUGACCGUGCAUUUGAGGAGCUGUUUGCCAUCUGCAUCCAGCUGUUGAACAAGACCUGGAAAGAAAUGAGGGCGACAGCAGAAGAUUUUAAUAAGGUUAUGCAGGUUGUGAGGGAACAGAUCACACGGGCUCUCCCCUCUAAACCAAACUCUUUGGACCAGUUCAAGAGCAAGCUGCGCAGUCUGAGCUAUUCUGAGAUUCUGCGACUACGCCAGUCUGAGCGAAUGAGCCAAGAUGACUUCCAGUCACCACCUAUUGUGGAGCUGAGGGAGAAAAUCCAACCUGAGAUCUUGGAGCUGAUAAAGCAACAGCGCCUGAACAGGCUUUGUGAGGGAAGUAGCUUUCGCAAAAUUGGAAAUCGCAGAAGACAAGAAAGAUUCUGGUAUUGUCGCCUGGCUCUGAAUCACAAGGUGCUACAUUAUGGAGAUCUGGAAGAUAAUGCCCAGGGGGAAGUGACCUUUGAAUCUCUACAGGAAAAAAUUCCAGUUGCAGAUAUCAAAGCCAUUGUCACGGGGAAGGAUUGUCCACACAUGAAGGAGAAAAGUGCACUGAAACAGAACAAGGAAGUGUUAGAAUUGGCCUUCUCCAUAUUGUAUGAUCCUGAUGAGACCUUGAACUUCAUUGCACCCAAUAAAUACGAGUACUGUAUCUGGAUUGAUGGGCUCAAUGCUCUCUUGGGCAAGGACAUGUCUAGCGAGCUGACUAAAAGUGACCUGGACACGUUGCUGAGCAUGGAAAUGAAGCUAAGGCUCCUGGACUUGGAGAACAUCCAGAUACCCGAGGCGCCGCCACCCAUCCCCAAGGAGCCGAGCAGCUACGACUUCGUGUACCACUACGGCUGAGGGCGCGGGGCCGCGCGGGGGCGUCGGGGCCGCGCGUUUCCUUUUGUAUGUCACAAUAACAACCGGUAGCGUCGUUCCCGC